CAGGUGAAACAUGAUAGCCCUUAUUUUAUGGUUGCCAUCAGUAGCCAAUAUUUAUGGCUCGGAUUUAGCCUACUGUUGUAAUGCAAAGACCACGGUUUGAGCUGAGGGGUCCCAGAAUGAAGUGCGCAUUUUGUAGAAGGUUUUUGACCAGGGUCUGUACGUGGCAGAGAAAAAAUCUCUGCAGAUCACUAACUCGGGGCGUCUACAAUAGAUUUGUACAUACUGUUAAAGGUGUAGGAUUAUUUUACAAUCACAAAGGAACGAAAAGGUCUUAUCUACCAGUACAAUGAGGGAACACCUGUCUCUCCUAGCCCUGGCUCUGGUUUAUUGCUGCUUCUGGAGCGUUCAGGCUGAAGUCUACACCUCUAUAGGUCAAAUGACAGACCUGAUAUACACAGAGAAGGAGUUGGUUCAGUCCUUGAAAGAAUAUAUCCAAGCAGAGGAGUCCAAACUUGCUGCUGUGAAAAGCUGGGCUAACAAGCUGGACGUGCUGACGCGUGCCUCCACCUCAGACCCAGAGGUCUACCUGGCCCACCCCGUCAACGCCUACAAGCUGAUGAAGAGACUCAACACCGAGUGGUCCGAGCUGGAGAGCCUUGUGCUGCAGGACCCCUCAGAUGGGUUCAUCUCCAACAUGACUGUACACAGGCAGUACUUCCCUGACGAGGAGGAUGAGAAAGGUGCUGCCAAGGCACUGAUGCGUCUCCAGGACACGUACAAACUGGAUUCAGAGAGUUUCUCCAAGGGCAAACUUCCUGGUAUGCACCAGAAUGCCAUCCUGACAGUAGAUGACUGUUACGACAUGGGGAAGACGGCGUACAACGAGGCAGACUACUACCACGCGGUGCUGUGGAUGCAGCAGGCCCUCAGGCAGAUGGAUGCAGGGGAGGAGCACGUGGUGUCCAAGGCRGAUGUCCUGGACUAUCUCAGCUACUCCGURUACCAGAUGGGAGACCUGCCCCGCGCCAUCGAGCUGACACGCCGCCUAGUGGCCAUCGACUCGAGCCACCAGAGGGCAGGAGAGAACCUGCGUUACUUUGAGAAGCUGCUGUCCAAGCAGCUGAAGGAGCUGAACCAAGAGGUCCAGGAGCCGGCCACAGAGGAGCCCAUCCAGCUGGGGACCUACAAGAGACCCAAGGACUACCUGCCUGAGAGGGAGAUCUACGAGGGCCUGUGUAGGGGAGAGGGAGUCAAAAUGACCAGUGAGCGGCGCAGCCGGCUGUACUGCCGCUACCAUGACGGGAACAGGAACCCUCGCCUGCUGCUCCAGCCCAUGAAGGAGGAGGACGAGUGGGACAGCCCACACAUCGUCCGUUACCUCAACGCCCUUUCAGACUCAGAAAUUGAGAAGAUUAAGCAGCUGGCCAAGCCCAGGCUUGCGAGAGCUACUGUUCGAGACCCCAAAACAGGCGUCCUGACCACAGCAAACUACAGGGUAUCAAAAAGUGCCUGGCUGGAGGGGGAGGAGGACCCUGUUAUUGAGCGUGUCAACCAGAGGAUAGAGGACAUCACAGGCCUGACAACGCAGACUGCCGAGUUACUCCAGAUUGCUAACUAUGGGGUCGGAGGACAAUAUGAGCCACAUUUUGAUUUCUCCAGGCGUCCUCAGGACAUCAUGGUCGAUGGAAAUAGACUUGCUACCUUCCUGAACUACAAAGAUGAACCUGAUGCUUUCAAAACAUUAGGCACUGGAAAUCGUGUGGCUACUUUUUUAAAUUACAUGAGUGAUGUUGAAGCGGGAGGAGCAACUGUGUUCCCAGACUUUGGAGCAGCUAUAUAUCCCAAAAAGGGAACUGCAGUCUUCUGGUACAACCUCUUUAGGAGUGGAGAGGGAGACUACAGGACUAGACACGCUGCCUGUCCUGUCUUAGUAGGAUGUAAAUGGGUCUCCAACAAAUGGAUCCACGAGCGAGGUCAGGAGUUCAGGAGACCAUGUGGCCUGACAGAAGUGGACUGAACUUGACCUCUCACCCCUGAACCCUGGCUGGAGGAGUACACUCCAACUGCAGUGCCUGAACUUUUGAUUGAAAACACACACACACACACACACACCUACCUACUGUGGUAUCCAUUAUGGCUUUUAACAAUGAUCUGAAGCUUGGGAGUCUGCAGUACCUAUGCAGAUAGAGAGAAAUGGAUAUGUAGCAUUAAAGUAUCUGAUUUCUUGUUUUGUUUACAUGUUUAUUUAGCAUUCAGAUGUUUCAUACAAAAAUGACUUAUGCAUAACCACAUACUGACUGCACAACCCUAUCAGAACAUACUGCUUCAUCUAUUCCUGUCCAUUUACGUUUGUAUUUAUAGACUUCUUAAAUUAUUACACUGUAUGAUUGUGACCUUUUUAAAAGAUGGAAAAUGUGGAGCAGAAUAAACAGUGUAUUUGAUUAAAAGUG